CGGGCGGGGAUGAUGCUGGCGGCAGCGCUGCCGCGAGCCCUCAGUCGCUUGUCCGCCCGGCGCUACCCCGCGGGGCUCCGGCCACCCCGGGCCGCCUGGCGCGGCGGGGAGCAGGGCAGCGGCAGGACGGGGUUUGAGGGGCGGCGAUGGGCCCGGCCGGUCGGAGGUGCUCUGGGCUUCCUGGGAGCCUUCUCCCUCUUCCCCAGGGACGCUGAAGAGGACGGCGAGGACGCCGUUAUCCUCCUGCUGAAGAGAGCCAAGCUCAGCGUCAUGAAGGGUGAGCUGGGAGAGGCCGAGAAGCUUCUGCACGAAGCCCUGCGGCUGUCGCACCAGUCGGAUAACAGGAAAGCCAUUAUCUACACCUACAGCAUGAUGGCAAACGUGGCCUUCAUGCAGGGACAGCUGGAUAAUGCAGAAAAGCUCUACAAAGCAAGUAUGAGCUAUUUGCUCUCAGGGGACACGAAAGAGGAUGACAAUGCAAUCCUUGAGAUGUCCCUCAAGCUGGCCAGUAUCUAUGCUGCUCAGAAACAGCACAAAUUAGCCCUGGCUGGCUAUGAGUUCUGCAUCCUGACCUUAGAGGAGAAGAUUGCCAAGCAGAAGGACUUGCCUGAGGAUGUCUUACCAGCUGAAGAAAAGGCCAAUACCCGUCUCUUGCUUGGGAUGAGCCUAGACUCCUAUGCUCGCUAUCUCCUAAACAUUAACCAGCUCCCAGCGGCCCAAAAAAUGUAUGAGAAGGCUCUGCAGAUAUCAAAAGAUGUUCAGGGAGAGACUCAUGCACAGACUGUAGUCCUGAUGAGCGACUUGGCGACUGUACUGGAUGCCCAGGGUCACCACGAUGAGGCAUACUCCUAUGUGAAAAGAGCAGCAGAGCUGGCAAAGGAAACUCAACACCCUGAGGAGCACAUGGUGUUGAACAACCUGGCAGCAAUUCUGAUGCACAAAGUCUUCUAGGAUGAAUGUACACCUAUGUCUUCUCAGGAAAAUGAUCUAUACCAGCGUAAAAGUACGAUCAUGGCUGUUACUUCAGAAAGUAACGUGACUGAAAUUUCACAAUCUAAAUGCUUUAAAAUGCAAAGCUGCAUUUGAUUUGCUAAACUUGAAUUUUAAACAUUACCUGUAUGAUGACCAAUUUGAGAAUAAAGUUUUUAAACCGUAACACGGAAUUCAAUAUAUAAAUGAAAAGACUGCUGGCACCAAUGGAAAGUGUGCUUGUGUGCCAAACAUGCACAUCAGGCUUUCAACAGAGCAAAAUCUAUUGUGCACACAAUGGGGAUCAGUACUGCAACCCUUACUGACACAGCUUGCUUCUCAGAAAGAGAUUAAUUUAUUGCUCAACGCAAGAGCAUUUACUUUGAAGUAAACAGUCUCUAUUAGGUACUGGGUUCACAAACAGCUUUAAUUCUCACUAAUGAUAAUUUUGAUACGAAGUGCUGUUUAGGUUUCUAAGAGAAAAAAACAAAGCUACAGUUCUAGUAUCAUAUUCCACCAUGUCAGAAUCCAUUACUGAAACUAUAGUAAAAUAGGUCUUUUUAACAGCCAUAAUCAUAAAGACCAAGGAAACACAAAACAUUCUGUUUCAAGACACCUUUCCAAAAA